AGUGAAGUCAAUUUCAUAUUUUAUCUAUACACAUGCACACAUAUAUAUUGGUUUUUGUAUUUUUGAACUUAAGACUAAGCUUAUAAGUAUUAAUUUUAAUUUCUCAAGUUUUAAUAUACAGAGAGUAUACAAAUUCCACGGCUUUCCGCAACGAAUCAUCGAAUUGAAAGAACACCCAAAGGGAGUAUUGUUGAAUAACAUAAGUAGAAAAUGAAUAUAGACAUAGAUACGCUAACGAAUGAAUGGGAUGAACUCAGCAGAGAAUAUUCUGAGCUCGAGUUUCUAUUUCUGAACGGCCUUAAUGAACCAAUCUUGUCGCAAUCGUACAUUGAAAAUGUCUGUGUCCCAAACGUAAACGACGUCUUCGUUUCAGCGUCGACUAGUUCUUGAUAUUCCAUUACGUAGCAUAUCCUGCGUCACUCUUAACAUUCGACGCAAGUCUCUCUUCAUUCCUUACGAGCGGCGGAACGAUCAUAAUUUUUACACAGUAUCAAUAGACAAGUUAAAGUUGAAAGUGAACUUUGAAAAUAAGAAAAAUAUAAAUGUUUGCAAAAGACUAGAAGCGUAAAUAAAUAGAAGACUUUGGCAAACGGAAGAGAUUGCAAUAAAUAUCUCGCUCCAGGCUUGAAGGAUGUUAACAGAAGUGAAGUGGUUCUGUUAGCAUAGUGUAUAGAAAAAAUCUUGCAAUGAUUGAAAUUAAAAAUAGUUCCCUGAGUAACAUCAACAUUUUGUCUAAUUAACGAUCUCGAGUGACCUCUCCUCCAGGAAUGCAACCGUACAUAUAUUGAACUUUUGGAACAAUUGCAUUCACAUCAGCAGAAAUGUUUCAAUGAAAUCAAACAUCAGCGCUAUCGGAUGAAUCAAAUCUGCGCUUCAUUAAGGCAAUUUAAAAAUGUUCAAUCACCAGACGAGAAAGAAAAAAUCGCCAAUUUAGAAAAGAAUACAAUCAAACGUAAAGCACAAUUACAUGAAAUCGAGCAAUCGUUACCAGCGAAAUCGGGUCGUUAUCUAAGGAUCAUACUGGGUGACGUGAACGUUUCGAUACUCAAUAGAAAUGACAAAGUUCGUUAUAAAGAUGAAUACGAAAAAUUCAAAUUAAUUUUGAAUGUUAUUGGAUUGUUAAUGGCUUUCCUUAACCUUCUAUUCAAUUAUAGGGUCUUGGAACUAUCUUAUAUAUUCCUAUUGGUUUGGUAUUACUGUACAUUAACCAUACGUGAGUCAAUUUUGAAAGUGAAUGGUUCACGUAUUAAAGGCUGGUGGCGAGCUCAUCAUUUCAUAUCAACGGUUGCGGCUGGCGUAUUAUUGGUAUGGCCUCAAGGCGAACACUGGCAAUUGUUUCGUAAACAAUUUAUGUAUUUUAAUGCUUACAUAAGUGUCGUACAAUAUCUUCAAUUUGGAUAUCAAAAGGGUCUUCUGUAUCGUUUAAAAGCUUUAGGUGAACGUCACAAUAUGGAUAUCACUAUUGAAGGCUUCCACUCAUGGAUGUGGCGUGGCCUAAGUUUCUUGCUGCCUUUCCUAUUUGUGGGUUACGCUUUUCAAGCCUACAAUGCCUGGACUUUAUAUCAUUUAUCUUACGAACCGGUUGAUGCCCCCUGGCACGUCUCUGUGAUGUGCGGUCUAUUCUGGGUGUUAUUCAUAGGAAAUUUAACUACAACUUUACUGGUAGUACCCGAGAAGAUACGUGAGAAAACUAAGGAACGUUAUCGUUUAAUCAGCAUGGGCAAAUCCAUGAAGUUAAGAAAGAUGAUGAAGCAAAACAGCAUUAGCGAAAAUGAUAUAGAUAUUGCUGCAGAAAAUAGCGUCGUGACCAACGUUACCAGUUCUUUGGAAGAUGAUGGGGAAAAGAAAUGCAAUUAAUGAUGAAAUUUACUAAGCAUCCAAAUCAUGAAAAAACUGCUGUAACUUUAUAUAUAUAUAUAUAUAUAUAUAUAUAUAGUGACGAA